AUGCCCCAUAAAGACACGGUUUCAUGGAACACCAUGUUAUCCGGCAUGAACAAGACCAAAAACCCACUUGCAGUUCAUCAAUGUUUUCUAGAAAUGCAAAGAUCCGGAUUAAGACCCACGGAGUACACUAUAUCAACAGUUGUUACUGCUGUAUUGGGCUCUGUGUUUGAUGUUUUGGUGUCGCAAUUUCACGCACUUUCAGUUUGUCUAGGGCUUAAUUUGGGUACGUUUGUUGGUUCUGCCCUAAUGAAGGGGUACACGAUUUUGAAGGAUCGAGGUGGAUUGAGGAGAGUGUUUGAUGAGAUAUUAGUGAAGAAUGUUGCGUCGUGGAACGUUCUGGUUUCGGGAUAUAUGGAUUUGGGUUGUACGAGUUAUGCGCACAGAGUUUUUGAUGCCAUGCCCGAGAAAGAUGAUGUUACUUGGACUAUAAUGGUUAAUGGUUAUAUCUUAAAUAAGGAAAUGAGUAGAGCUCGGUCUGUUUUUAACGACAUAAGCGAAAAGAAUGUGGUUUCUUGGACUGUGAUGAUCAGUGGGUAUGUGCAGAAUGGGAAGUUUUUAGCUGGGUUGAAGCUGUUCCAGUUGAUGAUAGAGUCCGGGACUACGCCAAAUCAUUUUACAUUUUCGUGUGUUUUAGAUGCUUGUGCGAGAUCGGCUUCCCUUCUCGUGGGUAAACAAGUUCAUGGAAAUCUUGUUAACCUUGUUGUUCCAAGCGAUGUGAUUUUGUCAACGUCGCUUGUGGACAUGUAUGCUAAAUGUGGGGAUAUCAAUGCUGCAUUUUGCAUUUUUGAGUCCAUGCCAAUGAAGAAUUUGGUGUCAUGGAAUUCAAUUAUCGGAGGUUGUGCUAGGCACGGACUUGGAACAAUAGCAUUGGAUAUAUUCAAGGAGAUGAUAAAGAGUGGUUUGAGGCCGGAUAAGGUGACAAUUGUCAAUGUGUUGUCUGCCUGUGACCAUGCUGGAUUGGUGAAAGAAGGUGAAAGGCAGUUCACGGCCAUGAAAACGAAGUAUGGUGUCCUACCAGAAAAGGAACAUUAUGCUUGUAUGGUGGACCUCUAUGGGCGGGCAGGCAAACUAGAGAAAGCGGAGAAAUUGAUUCGGGGAAUGCCUUUCAAACCCGAUGCAGUCAUUUGGGGAGCAUUGCUUGGAGCUUGCGGAUUACAUUCGUGUUUGGAACUUGGCCAGUUGGCUGCAGAGGGAAUAUCUAAGCUGAAAAAUGAUCACCCUGCAAUAUAUUCUGUUCUCUCAAGGAUUUAUGGUGAAACAGGCGCAUGGAGCACUUUAACUAAAUUGAAAGACAUGAUGAGAAAGAAUCGUGUCAAAAAGCAAAAAGCAGGCAGCUGGGUUGAAGAUUCUUCAAGUGAGAAAUUAAUCAAGUCAUUUGUCUAG